AAAUUGUGGUCUUUUCCACCAGAGGCCCACCACCUCAGGGUUGCCAGCUAUGCCUCAGCUUCGUCUUUUCUGGCCGUGCAUCACAUGACCCCGCUGUCACCCAUCCAGACCGGAAAGGAUCCACGCAGGAUUUGCUACAACAGGGCGUGGGUGGGGCUUAAGCCUCACUGGGAUACGGCGGUGAGUCUGGGACCGGCAACCUUUCCACCUCAAGUAUAAGAGCACGAUGCUCCGUGCAAGACGUCAGCGUGGAACAGCUAAGACCAAAAGUGUGGCCGAAAUCGAUGGCAGGUUGCCAGCAUGUGGCCCUCGGUGGAAGAAGUUCGGCUAAAGAGUGUUUGAGUGGUAAACAAGCAGCUGCUGGUCUGCCCUCGGUGUAUUUUUAUUUCAUGGGAUCAGCAAGCCUUGCGUCUUCAUCUAAUCCACUUUACGGAGCACAGAGAUUUGUCCUGAAGUUUGAAAAGCAAGGAGACGAUCGGGGAAUGGAUUCCAUCUUGUCACUGGGCGCCUCCUUCAAACACUUGAGCAGCACCACCAAGACCAGCUCCCCCAAGACAGGCGCUCAAGGCCGGAGGAGCAGCUUCACGCGCCGGGCGAGCAUCAGCCGGAGGAGAAGCCUUCCCUGCAGCAGCCAGAAGGUCCCGGACUCCUGGCUGCGAGUCUACCAGGCUGAACUCAAGCGAGAAAGGAAAAGACAGCAAGCAACACUUGCCAAGAAGAACGCUGAAAGGUCCGUCAGAAAAACGCACUUCAGGAGCCAUCACUGCCUCCCCAGGCAGAGGAGCGCAGCUAGGAAAGCAGAAGCAGCAGCAAAAAAGGAUGAUUCUCUCUUUGGAGCCUUCCAGGGCCUCAGCUUGGAUGGGGUGCUGGGAGCCAUCAAUGGGCCCCCUGCUGCAGCUGCAGGGGGAGGAGGAGACCCGUGCAAAGUGAUGUGAGCUCCAGCAUCACCCUUGCGACUCCUGUGACCCCUUUUCUGACAGGCGGAGGAGUCAUUCAGGACUAAAAAGAGGUCUGUAUACUGCCAACACUUGAAGACACCAUACAAGAUGUAACGUUUAAGACCAACUUUUAUUUUACGUAUAAAAAAAAAAAACCUAAACGGUAUCAGUCACCAAGCAUGUGUGUUGGCUAACGUAUGGAAGAUGCACUAAAUGACACGAGGCAGGUCUAGUCCAAGAUGACGUUCAUGACAAACAGAAGGAAGGGAAUCACAGCUUGGAAAAGCAGGGUUUUAAAUUAAUCAAGUCCCAUGUUUCCAUCAUCAUUCCCUUUGCUCCAUCUUUACUUUGGGGGGCUUGAGGAAGGACCUGUUCUUCUUCUCCUUGCUCUUGCCUUUUGCCUGGAAGUUCCUCCAACUGUCCACACGGCCAUCUCUUGUUUCCUGUCAAGUACAGUCCAACCCUGGCUUUUCAAAUGAUUCUGUUUGAUGAAACUUCACUAAAAAGGUUGCCUCUAUCGCACAACAUUGCACUAACUUGUUUUUUUUUUUUUAAACCUUUGGUACGUUGAAUCUUGAGGUAUUAAUAAAGAUGCGGAUGGACAA